CUCGCUUAGGUCUCAAGCCUUCACUUACCGUAAGAUCGCGUAAUCCACCUCCUUCGCGUCAUCGCCAAGAUCGGCCACCAGCAUCGAGAACCUCCUAAAGCUCGGUGACAAAUCCCUCUCUUACAUCAUCACUCAUUGACGGCCGGCAAGCAGUCCAAACUUGCAGCCAAUUCCACAGCCAUCCACACCCCUUUUCUUUGAAACCAGGCUUGUGACUCUUUGUAACUUGGCUGUCGGAGUAAUUCGUUCCAAUAACAAAAAAGCCGUUAUAAGCCUCCCCUCCCCAGCCACAUCCCACCCCGCACCUUUUGUUGAAGAUGUCAUUCCGACUCCUCGCCCGCCCAGCCACCACCACAGCUUUUCGAUCCGGUCUCCGAACAACAACAAGAACAUCGUCACCAUUACAAUCGCUGCGCCCUGCGUUCCCUCAAACAACCCCAACAUCCUCCGUCACUAAACCAAGAGCCUUCACAACCACAACCCCCAAAAUGACGGUCCACAUCUUCGAAACAGCCGGCCAGUUCAAGGAGGCCGUCGCCGCCCACCCCGUCGUCGUCGUCGACGCCUUCGCUACCUGGUGUGGCCCAUGCAAGGCCAUCGCGCCCCAGAUCGCAAAGUGGGCCGAGGACCCCGAGUUCAAGGACAAGAUCUACUUUUGCAAGUUCGACGUCGACCACCUCCCCGAACUCGCUCAGGAGCUCGGCAUCCGCGCCAUGCCCACCUUCAUCUUCUACAAGGACGGCGACCGCGUCGACGAGCUCAUGGGCGCCAACCCCCCCGCGCUGCUGAACCUGCUUAGGAAGUACCUCGGUGGGGGCGGUGCUGGUGCUAGCAGUGGUGGGGAGCACCCUGAGCCUCCUUCGCUUUAAAGGCGAAGGAUGUGGAAAAGGGAAGGGGAUAGAGCGGAGGGAAGAAUAAAUACCCAGCUUGCAUGCAGAUAAGAAGAUGAAGAAAUUAAGUUUGUGGAACUUCUAAAGAUGUCUCAGGUUGUGGGAGCUGCUUUUGUGUGUGUCU